AAGGCACACAAUGUUCAACUCCAUAAAGAAAGCAUUUUAGUAUUUUACUGUUUUCUUGGAAUUAAAGGAAUCAGAGCAAGCCCAGGGGCUUCAGGUUGCUGCUUGCUUACAGGUAUGUUAGCAGAAGCUGUUUCAUCUCAGAUUUUUCCACUACUUCUGGUUGUGGCAAAAGGCAGGAGCAAGAGCAAUUCCAUCUGUAUGUACUUGUGCCUGCAAAGCAAAUCCUGCAGCAGUGUCAGCAGUCCCAUGUGGGUCUGGAGACAGAAGAGUUUGUUUUCAGUUCACCAUAAGAAGGCACAGAGAGCAGUCAUGAAUACCAAGAUUGCAAUCUCCCUCCUGAUUCUUGCUUUUAUGGGCAACUUUCCUGAGAUGAUGCUGGCAGCGGAGCUGCGGUGUCACUGCAUCCGGAACGUCAGGCGAUUAAUGCUGCCGAAGCACCUGGCCAACGUGGAAAUCAUUCCCAAGGGCCCCCACUGCAAGGCUGUGGAAAUCAUCUCAGCCAAGAAACAGCAUCAGUAAAGAAAAGAGAGGAAUCUCUGCAAACGAUCAAAAGCUGCAUGGAAAUGCCAGUAGCCUCUCAGUGUCUCCAGGGCUAGGUAUUCAUCAUCUUACUCUCAUUUUUUAUUGUCUUCAAUUCUUUCCGUGUACAAACUGUCGAUUUUCAAAAGGAAACUGCUGGGCUCAGUAGGCUGUCACAACACAAGCAACUUCUCAUAUUUUAUCACAAAAUUUUACACUGUGCUUAACCGCAGAGCAUUUAAAUCAAUAUCCUAGCCAAGCCCUAGCCUAGCAUCGCAUCACUCAGCUGGAAACACCUGCACAGGUUUAGCUACACCAAGGAGGUAGCCAUCACCAAACUGGUGGUAAUACCAAGUCAUCUGUAAGCUUCGUUCAGAAGAACUACAAAGUAGGGUUUUGUCUAGUUUAAGAAAGAUGCAGUUUUCAAACUAAUAAGGAAUUAACCAAAGGAGAUUCUAAGUGAAUGUAUUAAAAAGAAAGAAAGAGACAGAGGAAAAAAGGAAUUUCUUGAUAUCAGUAAGCAGCUUGCUUAGAGGCAAUAUGAUCAAUUGAAGUGAAACAAAUGCUGUAAGAUUUUAGUGUUUAAAACCUUUUUUUUUCUUUUUUUUUUUUUUUGUCUCAUGGUCAUUAAA